AUGUCCGACGCGUUCGAGAGAGAGAAGGCCACCCCUUCUCCCCCAAAUUAUCCUUCCGACAAUACAUCAGUGCAUGAAGAUGAGACCAAUCACCAUUCAAAUAAUGUCGAACCCACUGUAGGAGGAAGGGAUGAUCUUGAGCCCGAGACAUUUUGCCACGACGAGGCUAGCGAGAAGCCCAGCACAUCAAAUUACUCAGAACGAUGGAGAACUCUCAGCAAGCGAGUCAAAGAUCGCGCAGGCACAAUUGCUGAAGCAUUAGGUCGACCGCAUGAAGCCGGGGCAGAUGGCCUGGAUGCCAGCUUUUCGCCUGAAUAUUAUGGCGCAACCGAUGAUCUCCACAGUUACCAGGCUCGCGUGGCGAAUGAUGAAGAGCAAAGAAUGAAUGGCCAUGACCAUGAUGCUCAGGCUGAGCAUCUCAUUAAUAACCUCGGCUUACCGACAUAUCGAAAUCAUGACUCGUUUCCACCAUCCGGUGCGACCACCCCAGGAGAUUUCGGAGAGUCGACUCCGCUCAAUGGUGGUCUUCUGUCCCAUUUGCUUCGCGUUUAUGCCAACAACUUACCGGCGGCUAGUCGCAUGAGCUUGGCCACUACGGCCGUGGACAGCGACCCUCCGACUGAGAGUAUUCCGCCGACAGCCCCGGGCACCCCGGGCAUCCCAAGUACGGCAUUCGAAAAUGGCACCGGGGGGACAGCCCCUGCAACACGCACCGCCACGGGCACUGCUACCCCGGGUGGAAAGAAGGAUAAGAUGAAGUGGUACGCCAAUUCGAACAACAGCAAGCCAAACGCGCUGGAUAAGUUGAAGAAAAUGGAAAAACCGUCCACGGGGACCGAAACGCCAAAGAAAAAGGAGCGCGGUCAUCACUAUACUUCCUCCCUCGUGGCCGCAUCCAUGGAUAUGGGCAGAGUAGGUGUACCAGGUGCGCAAGGCUCGACACCGAUGGGCUACCGGGAGCGCAAGAAGCAAAAGCGUCAGAGCCAGAAGGACGUCAAGCUAAAGGUGCACAUCGCGGCAAUUCUCGCACGCCAGCAGUAUAUCAUGCAGCUGUGCCGUGCGUUGAUGAAAUACGGUGCUCCCACCCACCGACUGGAAGAGUACAUGAUGAUGACAUCCAAUGUGUUAGAAGUCAAGGCCCAGUUCUUGUACAUCCCCGGGUGUAUGUUCAUGUCCUUUGACGACGCGUUAACCCGCACCGCCGAGGUGAAAAUCAUCCGCGUGGUCCAGGGCCUCGAUCUCUCCAGGCUCGCGGAAACGCACAACGUCUACAAGAACGUCGUGCACGAUAUCGUCGGCGUCGAAACAGCAACCCAAGACCUCGACGAAAUCAUGCAGCGCAAACCCCGCUACAAUCGCUGGACCUUGGUCGUACUCACCGGCCUAGCCAGUGUCGCCGUCGGCCCAUACGCCUUCAGCGCCCGACCCAUCGACUUGCCCAUCAUCUUCGUCCUCGGCUGCAUAGUCGGCUUCAUGCAAAACGUCCUCGCCCCGGCCUCAGCAACAUACUCGAACGUCCUCGAAGUCUCCGCCGCAGUCCUAACCUCCUUCCUGGCCCGCGCAUUCGGAAGUAUCCAGCACAACGGCAGCCACGUCUUCUGCUUCGCAGCCAUCGCGCAGUCAUCCAUCGCAAUGAUUCUCCCGGGCUUCGCGGUCCUAAGUUCCUCCUCUCGAACUCCAAUCCCACCAAAUGAACGCCGGCUCAAUCAGAAUGUCGGCACAACAAUCUACGGCCUAAUGGACGGCAACGCAACCACAGAAUCCACCUGCCCCACAGCAAGCCUCGACAUCUGGGGCAACGAGUACAUCCAACACUUUCCCUUCGUCGCGCUAUUCUGCCUCUUCGCCGCGCUAAUCAACCAGGCCAAAUUCAAACAACUCCCCGUCACAGUCAUCAUGGGAAUGUGCGGCUACGUAACGAACUACUUCAGCACGAAAGUCCUCGGCUCAAACCAGGUCGCGAACACAGUCGGCGCAUUCACGAUCGGCCUCAUCGCGAACCUGUACAGUCGCAUUUGGCACGGACACGCGGCUGCGGCGAUUAUCCCAGGCAUUUUCACGCUCGUGCCGUCCGGGCUGGCGUCGAGUGGGUCCAUUAUCUCCGGACUGCAGUAUGCGGAGGCUGUUAAGAAUCACACUGCCAGUUCGACUAGUGGCGCGACGAGUAAUUCUUCGUUGACGUCGUUGGGCUAUGGGAUGAUUCAGACUGCUAUUGGGAUUUCGGUUGGGUUGUUUGUUUCGGCGCUUAUUGUUUAUCCGCAUGGGAAGAAGAGAAGUGGCAUUUUUAGCCUUUAG